ACCGUGACCCACGCUGGGCCAGGUCGCCCUGCUGAGGGUCACUGCAGCAGCAUCCGGGGAGCUGUCUUCCGGCCUGUGCGGCGGGCAUCUGUGGACGCCCCAACAUCCUGAGAGGUGGAGAAAGAAGACAAAAUACCAAGCUGUUUCUUGUCAUCACCAAUAACAAGCUGAAAUCUGUCACCACCCUUCAAAAUGCAAUGGAAUGCACCACGGACUGUGUCUCGGCUGGCAUUCAGGACAUUCUUGGAACCACAGAAAGCUGGUCUCUUUGACCACCACCAGAGUGUAGAAGGACCAUUACUUUUGCACAGAGGUGAACAUAGAGUGGUUUGGGCAGCACACCCUCAAAGGCAAUGGCUACACUUACCUGCUGUUCAGUGCCUUGCCAAGGAAAAGAAUCUAUUAGAUGGUCGGCCACUGCAACUGGGGGCACUUCGACAGGAACGGUGGGAGCAGGAUGUUUUAUCCAAGAGGGUUUUAUCAUCCAGUGCUACCUCCCAAACUCCUUCGGAAAAGGAAGAGCCGGAUCCUUUACAAGAUAAAUCUAUUAGUCUUUAUCAACGGUUUAAGAAAACAUUUAGACAAUAUGGAAAAGUUUUAAUUCCUGUGCAUCUAAUAACUUCUGGUAUUUGGUUUGGAACAUUUUACUACGCAUCUAUAAAAGGUGUGAACGUCAUCCCUUUCUUAGAGCUCAUCGGGUUACCCGACAGUAUAGUAGAUGUCCUGAAAAAUUCCCAGAGUGGAAAUGCCCUGACAGCAUACGCCAUGUUUAAGAUAGCAACACCUGCCCGCUACACUGUGACCUUGGGAGGAACGUCCUUUACUGUGAAGUAUUUGCGCAGUCGUGGCUACAUGUCAACCCCACCACCUGUCAAGGAAUAUUUGCAGGACAGAAUGGAAGAAACCAAGGAGCUCAUCACAGAAAAAAUGGAAGAGACAAAGGAUAGACUCACUGAAAAACUGCAGGAAACCAAAGAAAAAGUUUCUUUUAAGAAAAAAAUGGAAUAAGGGUGCCUUAUAUAACAAGUUACGGGGAAGUCCUACACUUUAACCCUCUGUAGACCUUGGGCAAAAACAUGUUUUUGAUUACUUUUUGGUUACUUGCCUAAAUAUACCAGUUCUCUGAGGGUUAAAGAACAAAGAUUACCUUUUUAAAGUUAAAUCAGUAGGGAAAAAAAAAUCAGUGUUUUUUAAAGGGAAGAAAUGAACUCACAUUAGAAUUUCAUAUUGUUUGCAGCAGCAAUAAGCAGUAAUAAAUGUCCUAGAAGUCAGAGUUCUUUUUCCAGGGCCUCAGAGUCAAAUUUGCUUUGUCUUCUGUGCCACCGGUAGCAUGCAAGUCCACUCCUAGAGUAAAAGUCAUCGAGUACCCAGUUCUGUGGGGAUGAGCUUGGACCAUCCAAACUGGCUAUGGAUAAGAGAUUAUUUAGACAGGUACCUGCCAGUUAAAAUAUAGACCUUAUUUCAAUAAAGUUGUAUAUAAAAUCAAUCUUAUAUAUGUAAAUAAGAUGUAUUGGCUAUGUAAAUGAAAAUUAACCCUUUAAAAUUAUUUUUACCUAAAGCUUGUGAAAAAUCACAUUCUUAAAGCAAUUCUGUGACCAUUAGUACUUUUUCAAACUAGACUGUGCAUGGUGGUCACAUUGACUAUCAGAUUUACUUGUGAUUCAUCUUUUGGAGAAAAAGUGGAAGUUUUAUAAAAUUUGUUACUGUAAUCACAUAUAUCAGCAGCUCAAAGCUCACUGUUGUCAAGCAGAUGAGGCUUUGGAGGACCACUGCUGAUUAUUGUGGUGGGAGCAAAAGCCUGUUCGACUGAGUAUGUAAGAGAAUGGAGGAAUCAUGGGUGGUUCUUUCAGAGAAGAGGUAGUGCACUCAUGCCGGCUCCAGGUGCCAUGAGGUCCACUGGUUUUGCAAAUCCCUUCUACUGCUUCAACCCCUGUGGGGUUCUGGCCUUUACAUGUCUAGUCAAAACAAAAGAGGCCUGUCUGACAUGGGUGCCAUUAACACUGUGGGGGCUGCUAGUUUUCUCAUAUUGGAGGGAGAAAUUGUUGCUUGAAUAUUCUACCUGACUUACAGCAAAAUUGUCACUGGAAUGAAUCAAUAGUUGUCAGGCAAAUUUCUGUGAUUGUGGAGUGUGUCUGUGUGUUUCCUUUUGCACUAACAGCUUUUCUUUCAGGUUUAACCCUUGAGUUAACAUUGAAAGAAGAAAUGGCCUCUUUAGAAGUCAUUGGUUUUGACUUGCUGAUACAUCAGGAGAGUGGCAGAGACCUUAUCACACAGCUGUCCUGCUCAUUCCCUGCUUUGUGGCAGGAUUAUGUCAAAUGCUUAAUUUGGCCAAAUUCGGAGAAUAAAGAGUGGGAAUAAGUUUACAUUUGAGAUGCCCUGUUAUUAUAUUGAAACACGUUUGAAGAGAAUAUGCUGUGAUUGGAAUCUUCUUUCUGUGGUGGGAGACUCUUGGUGGGGAGUUUGUCCUGUGUCCUUGCUCUUUGUUCCGGCAGCAUGAGUAACCUGAUGCCACCUGACUACCCUACCACACAUCGACAGCACACUUCAGAUAUAAAGAGGGUCACACAUUUUA